GUGAUAAUGCCCAGUGAAAGAUUAUUUAAAAAUUUAUGCCACUUGUCGAAAGUUUCGUAGACCGUAUCAAACUUGUGGCUGGCGCUGCGCCGUCCACUCGUCAUGCUACACAGAAAUUUUCUCGGUAUGACCGACGUCAUUCUAAUAUUCUAAUUGCUCAAUCCAGUCAUCGCCUUAUCAAAACAAAAGCGACUCUGAUUGCUUUAAAUACCAUACACGAAUUACGAGCCGUAAUAUUUCAGACAUUAGAUAAGAAAUGCGCUGAAAUACGGAUCGCCCACACUUUGUGAAGGAUGUCGUCAUCCUUACUCUCUCGUCAUUACUAAACGCCAGUCGCCAAAUUUCAGGACGAGACUGGCGCAGUGUCUAGUUAUCACAUAUACAAAAAGCAGUUGUAGCAUCUUUGUUGGGAUCACGAGAAUUGAGUGCAUUUGCUUUAAAAGUGAGUUCUUCCAUUGGACAGGUUCGGAGUGUAUUUGCAGCUGUGUGCGAUAAUUCAGAAGGAAUUUGCUGGAGCAACAUUUGCAGCAACGUGUCAUUCGAAGCCACACUUUUUACCGUAACGCCAACAUGAACACUUUCAGUUCCACACAACGGUGCAUAACAACAUGCGUUGGAAGGAUGUACACGAGGCAGUUGUUUUCUGUGAUGUUCUCAGGCUAGAGACGAUUGAAGAACUUUCAGUAAGAUGCGUACGAUUUCCGCGUGGGUGUGCAGCAACGUGCUGCGCGGGCACACGAUAGCCAGGCAAAGUCUAGCGAGCUGCUAGUUAGCGAAAACCUCAAAUUGCUUCAUGACUGCUGAAACUACAGCCACAAUUUACCAACAAUAUUGAAAGGCCUCAUGAUCGUAUGCAAUAUUUUCCUACAAAGUGACGCUAUCUUGCCACCUCAUGUACCGUCUUGCCACCUGAUGCACCGGAGUUUUGUUAAGAAUAUCACGAUAGCUGCACAAAAAAGAAAGCUUUUUCUUUGUGAGCACGCUGCUCCAGUACCAAUUUGAUUAAAUAAUUGGUCUGGAAUUGUUGUGAUAUAAAGUGCCAAUAUAAAAUCCCUUAUGAUGUCACCACAAUAAUCUUUUCAAUUCUUGUCGUUCCUAGGCAUCUUU